ACAAUAUUUAAUGUUAUAUAUACUUUUAUGAUUAAAUGAAAUGUGCAUUUACUCUUAUAUGUGCAAGUUAUAUAUUAAAAUAUGCACAUAUAAAGCUAAAUAAUACCAGGUUAUUGUGUGUUACUGUAUUACACAAUGAGAGGACAAUCAAGGUACCCGCUGAUAAACAUCACCGACGCGCCUCCCUUACAUGAUGACGUACAAGACAGGCACUGCCCUCCAGCCAACGGGAGAGCCGCCUGCCAACAGGUUACGGAGUCGAUUCCGUAGCGGCAGCCAAUGGGAGCGCGCGGAGGGCGGGGCGUUGCGAAAAGCACGGGUGAUAUGCUCUCGCUCCCCUCCACGUUCGGUUGAGCUCUGAAUGAGGGGCCAUCGUCUCCCCGGCGCCUCGGAUGUGGAAAAUACACUUUAAAGUCUCCGUGGACGCGCUCAGUGAUGAGCCUGCGGGUUUCCCCCACGCACACCGGAGCCUCUGCACCGCGGGUCGCCCUCGCCUGUCCGGGUUUCUUUGGACCUGCCACCCCCUGCUCUCAAUGAUCUGCUAUUUUCCAUCUCACAUUUCCAAAGACUCCCCUCACAUCUGAUUAGACUUUAUUCACAAUUCUGUACAUAUAGCCUUCUUUCUCCAGCUUGAAUUCAGUCAACAACCCAGCACCUGUUUACCCUUCUGACCCCCUUUCUCCUCUUUUCUGAUUAAGUUACACAUCAAAACACACUUUGGUCCACACAUAACGCACACACAUAAAUCAGCCACCAUGUCCUCCAUCCUUCCCUUCACUCCCCCGGUAGUGAAACGUCUCCUGGGAUGGAAGAAGACUCCAGCAAGUACCGGGGGAGCAGGAGGAGGAAUUGGGGGAGUCGGGGAGCAGAAUGGAGGCGGUCAGGAGGAGAAAUGGUGCGAGAAAGCCGUGAAGAGCCUAGUGAAGAAGCUGAAGAAGACAGGGCAGCUGGAUGAGCUCGAAAAGGCCAUCAGCACGCAGAACAGCAACACAAAGUGUGUCACUAUACCCAGCAAUUGCUCAGAUCUAUGGGGGCUAGGCUCAGGCCACACGAUAGAGCAGUGGGACUCUGCAGGCAUGUAUGGAUACCCUGACCACAGCAGGUCUCUGGACGGGCGUCUUCAGGUGUCCCAUCGCAAAGGCCUGCCGCACGUCAUCUACUGCCGCCUCUGGAGAUGGCCCGACCUUCACAGCCACCAUGAGCUGAGGGCCAUUGAUACCUGUCAGUACGCCUUCAACCUCAAGAAGGAUGAAGUGUGCGUCAAUCCCUACCAUUACCAGAGAGUGGAGACGCCAGUGCUGCCUCCAGUGCUGGUUCCACGACAUACAGAGAUUCUGACAGAGCUUCCACCUCUUGAUGAUUUUACAAACUCCAUUCCUGAGAACACCAACUUCCCUGCUGGCAUAGACCCUCCGAAUAACUAUAUACCAGAAACUCCUCCCCCCGGCUACAUCAGUGAAGAUGGAGAGACCAGCGACCAGCAGAUGAAUCAGAGUAUGGAAUCAGGCUCACCAGCAGAAAUGUCACCAAGCAGCCUGUCACCUGUCAGUCAUGGCCUUGACCUUCAGCCAGUCACCUACAGUGAACCAGCGUUCUGGUGCUCCAUAGCCUACUAUGAACUAAACCAGCGGGUGGGAGAGACGUUCCACGCCUCACAGCCAUCUCUGACAGUCGACGGCUUCACCGACCCCUCCAACUCUGAACGUUUCUGUCUAGGGCUCCUCAGCAACGUGAACAGGAACGCAACUGUCGAAAUGACAAGGAGACAUAUAGGUCGCGGUGUGAGGUUGUAUUACAUCGGAGGGGAGGUGUUCGCCGAGUGCCUCAGCGACAGUGCCAUUUUUGUCCAGAGUCCCAAUUGUAACCAGCGGUACGGCUGGCAUCCUGCCACAGUCUGCAAGAUACCACCAGGCUGUAACCUGAAGAUUUUUAACAACCAAGAGUUUGCUGCACUGCUGGCCCAGUCAGUCAAUCAGGGAUUCGAGGCGGUCUACCAGCUAACCAGGAUGUGCACGAUCAGAAUGAGCUUCGUCAAGGGCUGGGGAGCUGAGUACAGGCGUCAGACAGUAACCAGCACCCCCUGUUGGAUUGAGCUGCAUCUCAACGGCCCCCUCCAGUGGUUGGAUAAGGUGCUGACCCAGAUGGGCUCCCCCUCAGUGCGCUGCUCCAGCAUGUCAUAAACAGGCUCCUGCUGCUGUGGACGCAAACUCAGACUGACAUUUCAUGAUGUUUGAACAGUACGUUCUGAAGAAGACAACAACGCCGUCUUAAACUGAUGAACUGACAGCAUUUUGAAAACAUCAACAACAACAACAACAACACAAACGGAGAAAAACGAUUACACAUUGGACCUGGAGGAGAGAAUGACACGACUAAUGGACAAGAGGGGAAUGUUAACAGUGAUGUCACACUGGACCUGGUUACCUUUCGGCUCUGUUGGAUCAACAUCAGGCUGACAUUCCAGUAAUCACGGACCUAAUCAUGAGAAUUGAAAUCACGCUGCAAUAUCAAAAAUGCUAAAUGAAGAGCCAGAUCGUAAAGGACCAGACUGCAUUUGUGUUUUUGGUAUUUGAUCAAGGCUGCAGCCCAGAAAACACACAGCUGGACCGGGCUUCCGUGUCCUCGUCAUCGACCCGACCGUGGUUGUUCCUGGGAUUGAACGUGUAAACAGGACUGUCCAACCACAAGUCCACCUGGCCUCUUCCCUACCAACCACAGCACAAGCUUUGACUCAUCAUCGAUACGUUUCCGUUUACACGAGGGUUGACUGACAGUACUGCCACUCCGGGCUCUUCUGCGUUAGAAAUCGACCUCAGGCCCGGACAUGAAUUUCUCAGCAUGUCUUGGUUUUGAUGACCAAACUUCCAGCUCAUUUUUAAAGUCCAACCCCUUUAUCGCCCCAAUCAGCCCUGCGUCGUCGAGACCAUACCCCCCCGACCACAGGGUCCUCAACCCUGAGAGCGGUGACCACUGGAAGAACUAAAUUAAUUAAUAUGACAUACCCUGUCUUUACAUGUUCACACGCACACACACACACAUACUGUGACAGAAACACACUUUUAAAGUUCAUACAUCACUUAAGUAGAUAUUUGAACACGUUGUUUUACUUACAGAAUUCCUCUGUGCUGAAUGUGGGUUGGUCCGAUUUGAGGAGUGUGCAGUGGAGCAGAUGUUUCUUCUAUGAGGAGUUUUGUCUUUUUUUUUAAGUUUGGUCACUAGCGAACCAACACAGAUAACUGGAAUGAGUAAGCUGAGGAAUCCUCAGAGUAAGAACAUGCGACGCGUCACCUCUGUAGAACUUCAAACCGCUUAAAUCUUUGAACGUUUAGUCAUUCGAAAAAAAAGACAAAUCCAGAAGGAUUUACUUACAGUUCCUCUAGUUCGUCAGGCCCAACAAGAUGCACUAUCUCUGUUUCUCUCCCGCAUGCUCUUGCUGUCUCUCGCUUACAUUCUUGCCAUUUUUACUUUUCUAUCAUCAUGUAUAUUAAGGGGAGUCCGAUGUCCGCCACGUGCAGGACCAGGACUCGAGGUAAACCCAAGAGUCUACGCUUCAGUGUCGCCCCCUGCUGUCGAACAGACUAAAAAGAGAAACGCUCAUCUCGUGACGUUUCACAAAUGUAUAAAACGUGCAAGUCUCUUGAUUAUUUGCUUGGACUGAUGCACGGUUGUCUUUCAUUAUCGACAUUUUAUCAAUAGAGUCCCGCAGUGUGGGACUUUAAAAGAAAAACGCCCCUAUACUGUACUUGCACUGCCCCCAAUCAUGCACCCGUAAUACAGAUGCCUUUUAUGUAAAGUUCAGCAAGAUAUGCUUUGAAAUGUACAGAUAGGAAUGUUGCAAAUCCCACCUGAAAUUAAGAAAAUCCGAAGAAAUUUGUUCAUAAAUUUAGGAUAUUCGCUAUAAAUAUUUAGUCCUUAUAUUGUCUGAAUUGGCUAAUAGUCUGGAGCAUCUAUUUGGUUUUAAUGAGAUCCCCUUGCCCUGAUCUAAAAGCCAGCUAAUACCUAUGUCGGCAUUUUUAGAGCCCAAAUCUUUUCAACUCAAAAGUAUUUAAGCUUUAAGUAUUUGACAAGCUAGUUAUACGACACAGUUAUUAUUUUCUUUACACAUUCGUUUAGCUACAUUUUUGUAUUUUCAUGUAUUUUUUUAUAUAUAAAUAUAUUUAAAAUCUUCAAAGCUUUCUUCCUUUUUAUUAGAAUUUAAAUAUUUUUUAGAAUAUGCCCUCCGGUUUGAAAUGAUCACAGCUCGACGGUGAAGAAGUGAAUGUGAAGUAUGUAGCAUAGGAUCUAACGUGUAUCUCUGAGAAUAGUUCUUGGAAUCUUUUGGCGGUUGAAACUGUUGGAAAAAGAAAUUUCUUGCCUUACUGUUACUAAUUUUUCAGCUCGAGGGUCGCGACCCAAAAUUGUAAUAUUGCUGUCCCAAAGACUGAAUUCAUGUAUUUAUGGUAUGUCCUGUACACUGCAGAUCCACUGUGUCAAAAAAUACCAACUGCUGUUGAAAGCCUAGCUCCAGUUUUUAAGUAUUUUAUCUGCGUCAAGGUGAGGUUCAAACUUUCCGAUGUAAUUUGCCACUUUGGUUAGUUGCUCAAACACACAUUCCCAGUAUACAAUAGUCAUUUGAAAAGUAAGCUGUUUUUAUAUAGCGAAAAAUUCAGAUUAUUUGAAAGUAUUAGGGUUUAAUCCAUCAGCCGGGUAAGACAUUCAUAAUUUCCAGUAUCGCUGCAGUUAGUAUUAAUAAAGAAAAAAAAUCUCUGA